GUCUUCUUGUGAACGCCAUUGUGAACUCUAACGACUUUGGAACCAAGCUGAAGUAAUCCGUGAUUUUUUGUGCCAUCGGUGUUUCCUAGUACUUUUUAUUCAAAAGUUUAAAUUCAAAGAAUCAUGGCUGGAGAACAAGAUAUGCCCACCUUCAAAUGCGUCUUGGUCGGAGACGGAGGCACCGGCAAAACUACCUUUGUAAAAAGACAUAUGACUGGUGAAUUCGAAAAGAAAUAUGUAGCCACCUUAGGGGUAGAAGUUCACCCUUUAGUUUUUCACACAAAUAGAGGACAAAUUCGUUUUAAUGUAUGGGACACAGCAGGCCAAGAAAAGUUUGGUGGUCUGCGUGAUGGAUACUACAUCCAAGGACAAUGUGCCAUAAUUAUGUUUGAUGUUACUUCUAGAGUCACUUACAAAAAUGUUCCAAACUGGCACAGAGAUCUUGUUAGAGUUUGUGAAAAUAUUCCAAUUGUAUUGUGUGGAAACAAAGUUGACAUCAAAGAUAGGAAAGUUAAGGCAAAGAGCAUUGUCUUCCAUAGAAAGAAGAAUUUACAAUACUAUGACAUCUCUGCAAAAUCCAAUUACAAUUUCGAAAAACCCUUCUUGUGGUUGGCUAGGAAACUCAUUGGAGAUCCCAACUUAGAAUUUGUAGCCGCGCCUGCCUUGCUUCCUCCAGAAGUCCAAAUGGAUCCCCAAUGGCAACAACAAAUUGAAAAGGAUCUUAAAGAGGCCUCAGAAACUGCACUGCCUGAUGAUGAUGAAGAUUUAUAAACUCAUUAACCAAUUACUAAAACUCUGUCAUCAAGUCCAAAGCAACCCUGGAAUCAUUAAAAAUAUUAGUUUAUUAUAAUUUUAUUGAAC